CAACGGUCCCAAGAGUCCAAAUGAGUGUUUACCAUGCCUCUGGGAACGUACUUCCUUCCUGUUCUCUGUUUCUUGGGAGCAGGGAUUCCACAGGGACUGCAGUAUGUCACGUUCUCACACAACGCUACGAAAUUCCUCCACCUGUCUAUGGACUUGGAAUCUGGGACCAUUUACUUGGGAGCCACCAACUUUCUCUUUCAGCUGACAUCUGACCUGCUGAUGAAGAACGUGGUUCAGACUGGGCCAGUUCUGGACAGUAAAGAUUGCCUGCCCCCAGUCUCAAAGCUGGAGUGCCCUCAGGCACACCACACUGACAAUCACAACAAGCUGCUGCUGGUGAACUCCGUGCAGAAGGAACUCAUUGUGUGUGGCAGUGUGCACCAGGGAAUCUGUGAGAAGAGGAGCCUCACGUCCAUCGACCACGUCCUGUUCCGACCAGAGAGCCCUGGUGACACUCAGUACGUUGCUGCCAAUGAUCCCAAUAUCACCACUGUGGGACUCAUAGCCUAUUCCAAGGAUGAGAUCCCCUUGCUGUUUGUGGGACGAGGUUACACAAGCCGAGGAGUUGGAGGAGGGAUUCCUCCCAUCACUACCCGGAAUCUCAGGGCCCACGGAGGGGAUGUUCAGGCAACAGACUCUCACUCCAUUUUCUCCUAUGAAGAAACAGCAAAACUGGCUGUGGGCCGCCUCUCCGAGUACAACCACCAUUUCAUUAAAUCCUUCACUUACCGCUCAAGCGUCUAUUUCCUGUUCUACCGUCGGGACCUCAAGUCUCAGUCACGCGAGUACAAGACUUACAUCUCAAGGAUCUGCCUGGAUGACUCUCAUUAUUAUUCAUAUGUGGAGUUACCUCUGCUCUGCCAGAGCAAAACCAAUACAUACAGUCUCUUGCAAGCAGCCUACAUCACCCAGCCAGCAAAAGACCUGGCCCAGGGGCGACUGGACACUGAGGGAGAAGUGCUGUUUGCAGCCUUCUCUGCCUGGCAGGCUUCUUCUGGCAAACUGAGCGAGGAGUCUGCGCUCUGUGUCUAUGCAAUGGAGGAGGUGGAUCGCCUGACCAACUGGACUAGGGAUGUUUGCUACAUGAGAGAUGGGAAGUCAGAAGAUGGGACAGAAGUGGCGUAUAUUGAAUAUGAUGUCAGUUCCAACUGUGUCCAGCUGCCUGCGGACACUCUGUAUGCUUACCCCUGUGGCUCUGACCACACUCCCAGCCCCAUGGCCAGCCGGGUGCCCUUGGAAGCAGCCCCCCUCCUGGAGAAAACAGAGGCCCGUCUGACAGCUGUGGCAGUCCAUGUGGAAGAUGGCCACACCAUUGCUUUUCUGGGAGAUAGCAGAGGGAGUCUGCACAAGGUGUACUUAGGAGCAAUGGGAGAUGCACAUGUGUAUGCGUCUUUAGCUGUCCAGUUAAAUAGCAUGGUGAGUGGAGACCUGCUGUUUGACCAAUCGCAGGAGCACCUCUUUGUCAUGACCCAGUCAAUGGUGGUAAAGGUUCCCAUACUGGAAUGUUCCCUGUACUUGGACUGUGAAUCCUGUCUGGCACUGAAAGAUCCCUACUGUGGCUGGUGUGUUCUUCAGGGACGGUGCAGCCGUCGCUCCGAGUGCUUGCGGUCCAGGUUGAGUGAGCAGUGGCUCUGGAGCUUUAACUCUACACAGCAGUGUCUGUCUGUCCAGUCACUAACUCCAGCCAAUAUCAGCAGAGAGGAAAAGAGAAAUAUAUUCCUGGCUAUCUCGGACUUACCUUCUCUGCGUGAGGAAGAAUUUUACUCAUGUUACUUUGAAGAUUAUGAAAGCCCAGCAGUUCUGACAGAGUCAGGAAUUAUGUGUCCUUCUCCAGAUCCCAGCCAAGCACCAGCUUUGCCCACAGGAGCAGAUCAUGUCACCAUAAAGCUUGUAGUGCGUUUCCAUGACAUCUUCAUUGCUUCUGUGGACUUCUCUUUCUAUGACUGUGCUGCAGUGGCCCUGCUGUGGAUAUCGGCACCAUGCCAGAAGUGUGUGAGCAGUCUCUGGGGAUGUAACUGGUGUAUCCAGCAGCACCUCUGCACCCACAAAGCAGCCUGUGAGGAAGGAACCAUUAUCUACAAUGAAAGGGCCCAGAUCCCAACCUCAGGUGUGUUUCCUUCUUCAGCUGCUCCCCUCACCAAGUCCUCUACCACAGCCCCAGCUGUGGCCACAAACCCCAUCACUCCUGCCGUGCAUGCGGUACCGAGCACUGUGCCCCCCACGGAGCCCGACUACGUCACGCUCUCUGCAGCCUCCAAUGCCAUGACAGAAGCCCUCAGCUAUACAUAUUUGACUCUCUUAACUGAAGCAGCAUCUCUCCAGGCUGUCACAGAAUCCCCUCUACCACCACCAGCAGACAAACCGGCAGUCACUGUGCCAGAGACAACUUCUCCUGCUGCCUAUGUCCUCACCAGCUCUUUUGAAAACAUGGAUCAUGCGGCUUUGGCCACUGAAGGGCCAGCUACUGCCCAGGAGCCACAGCACACUGACCCACCCACCACCCAAAUGAGUAGCCCCCUGCACACAUCUGCAGCAGCAGUAAUGCCUUCCCCUCAUGUCACCAGUUUCGAGGGGCCUCCAAGUUCUUUUCCUACCACUGAGGCACUGACAUCUGCCAUCCCCUCUCUCCAAACCCCUAGCCAGGUGCCUGGGGACUCUGCUGCCUCUGAUGGCUCUCCUAGGUUGCUGGGAACUGAACAACCUGCUUCAGAGCUCUCACCAUCAGCUCCCCCAGACUGGCUGCUGGAGGAAGGCACAGAACUCCAGGACACAGAAGACUGGAUGGAUUUACUGCAGGCUGAGAAUGACACAUCUUCCUUCUCUGCUUCUACUCUUCUCUCGGGUGAUGGUGAUUCUUCUGAGAGGGAUAUCCCUGACUUUCCCAGGAUCCUUCACCCUGACCUCGACUAUCAGUAUGAUGCCCCUGAGUUUUGGGAGGAGAAUGAAGAGCUUAACUGGGGUCCAGGUGCAUGUCCCUGUGUGCAGGGAAUCCAGGGAUCUUCCCUGUUUCCAGUCAACGUGGCGAGGAAGAUAACCCUGCUGGGAAAGAACUUCCACCUCUAUCAGGACCAUCAGUGGGACUACGAAUGUGUCCUGAAUUUGGAGGGGAAGACAGUAGUGAUGGAUGCUUAUGUGGAAGGAGAAGAAACAAACCAAUCUCUCUGUUAUAUCACCUGCCAGAUGAACCAGUACAGUUACACAGCACCUCAACUCGAAUUCAGCGCUGUGGUGUUUGUUCAGAGGCGACGACACCUUCGAGUGGACAGUGCUGCAGAUCUUCAUGUGACUUUUUACAACUGCUCUGUGGGACACACUGAUUGUAGCCGCUGCCAAACGGCUGACUCAAAAUACAACUGUGUGUGGUGUGGAGGGGACAACCCCAGCUGUAUCUUCAAGGGCUCCUGCAAGGAAGAGAUAGAAGACCUGUGUCCAGCACCUCUCAUUCAUUCUGUGUACCCCCUGUCUGGACCAGUGGAAGGUGGCACUAGAAUCACCAUCACUGGCUCAAACCUCGGGCAGAAACAUCAAGACAUUGCAGAAACUGUCACUGUUGCAGGAAUCCCCUGUGCCGUAGAUGCUCAAGAGUAUGAGAUCUCUAGCAGUAUCGUGUGCGUCACUGGCGGGAGCUGGACGGAGAAAUUUGGGCACGUUGUGGUGGAAGUGCCUGGAGGAGGACGUGGAGUUUCUGGGCAUGUUUUCACCUAUCAGAACCCAGAGCUGAAAUCCAUUGUUCCAACUCAGGGACCCAAGGCAGGAGGAACUUGCCUUACUCUCCUGGGCUCAAAGCUGCUAACUGGACAUCCUAAUGAAAUCAGUGUCCUUCUUGGAGACCUCCCUUGCCUCAUCCUCUCUGAGAUGAAGGAGGAUCAGCUGGCAUGCCAGACCAGUCCCAGCAACGUGUCUGCAGAACUCCCAGUCACUGUCAAAUACGGGGACCAAGAGCGGAGACUGGAAGGAUCCCUCUUCAGAUAUACUCUGGAUCCCAACAUCACUUUUGCAGAGCCACCUAAAAGCUUCCUCAGUGGAGGGAGAGUGCUCAGAGUUCACGGAUACAACUUGGAUGUUGUACAGAAGCCGAAGAUCCGAGUGACGGUCUCUCCAUCUGAACGCCGGCGCCGAGGGCUGGGGCGAUGGCGCAGAAUCAUCCCAGACACUGAGUGCCCCGAGGAUGCUCUGUGCAGCGUCCAGCAGUUUGAAGAACCAUGUCUUGUUAACUCUUCUUACCUGAUCCUGUGCAAAACCCCAGCCAUUAACCUGCUGCUGCGGAGUGUCCGUGUCAAACUGGAAUUCAUUCUGGAUAAUCUGAGCUUUGAUUUCAAUUCACUGCAUCCCAUGCCCUUCUCUUAUGAAGUCAACCCCAUCCUCAAACCAUUGAAUGCUGAAGACCCUGCCAAACCCUAUCGUCACAAGCCAGGAAGUGUCAUCUCUGUGGAGGGGGAAAAUCUGGAUCUGGCUAUUUCCAAGGAUGAAGUUAUGGCUAUGAUUGGGGAAGGAAUCUGUGUGGUGAAGACAUUAACAAGGAAUCAUCUCUACUGUGAGCCUCCCUCUGAGCAGCCAGCUCCACGGCACCGCACGAAGCGGGAGGGCACAGACUUGCUCCCAGAGUUCACGGUACAGAUGGGAAACCUGAACUUCCUGCUGGGCCGAGUGCAGUACGACACAGAGAGCCAGCUCACCUUCCCACUGGAGGCACAGAUCGGCCUUGGUGUUGGCGCGUCCUUUGUGGCACUGAUCGUUCUGGUCAUCGUCUUCAUAUACAGGAGGAAGAGCAAGCAGGCUCUAAGGGAUUACAAGAAAGUUCAAAUCCAGCUGGAAAAUCUGGAAACAAGUGUUCGGGACAGAUGCAAAAAGGAAUUCACAGACUUGAUGACUGAGAUGAUGGACCUCACGAGUGACCUUGUGGGCACAGGAAUCCCCUUCUUGGACUAUAAGUCCUAUGCAGAGCGCAUUUUCUUCCCGGGCCACCGUGAGUCACCACUGCAAAGGGACCUGGACAUCCCCGAGUGCCGGCGGCAAACUGUGGAGCAGGGCUUGGUCCAGCUCUCCAACCUGCUCAACAGCAAGCUCUUCCUCACCAAGUUCAUCCACACUCUGGAGAUCCAACGCACCUUCUCUCCAAGGGACCGGGCCUAUGUGGCAUCGCUACUCACGGUGUCGCUGCACGGGAAGCUGGAGUAUUUCACUGACAUCCUCAAAACCCUCCUGAAUGACCUCGUGGAGCAGUAUGUGGCCAAGAACCCGAAGCUGAUGCUGCGAAGGACAGAAACAGUGGUAGAGAAGCUGUUAACCAACUGGAUGUCCAUCUGCCUGUAUGCAUUUGUGAGGGAUUCUGUUGGGGAGCCCCUUUACAUGCUGUUUCGAGGAAUCAAGCACCAGGUGGACAAAGGCCCAGUGGACUGGGUGACAGGGAAAGCCAAAUAUACCCUGAAUGACAACCGCCUUUUGAGAGAGGACCUGGAGUACCGGACGCUGACCUUAAAUGCUUUGACACAGGCAGGAGUUACUGCAGGAGGGGCAGAGGACUCCCAAGGGAUUUCUGCUAAAGUGCUAGAUUGUGACACAAUAACACAGGUGAAGGAGAAAAUCCUGGAUCAGAUCUACAAAGGGACACCAUACUGUCACCGACCAGACCCAGACACCCUGGACCUUGAGUGGAGAUCAGGGCUGGCAGGUCAUCUGAUACUGUCUGAUGAGGAUGUGACAUCUGUUGUUCAAGGAACUUGGAAACGCCUGAACACGCUUCAGCAUUACAAGGUACCUGAUGGAGCAACAGUAGCACUAGUCCCACGCCUGACCAAGCACAUCCAUAGGGAGAAUCAGGAUUACAUCCCAGGAGAGAAAACACCAAUGCUAGAGGAUGCAGAUGAAGGUGGGAUCAAACUUUGGCACCUGGUAAAACCAACAGAAGAACCAGAGCUUCCCAAGCAUCGGCGUGGGAGCUUAAGAGAUCGGGAGCGAGCCAAGGCAAUCCCAGAGAUCUAUCUGACACGUCUGCUCUCUAUGAAGGGCACUCUGCAGAAGUUUGUGGAUGACUUAUUCCAGGUGAUCCUUAGUACCAACCGCCCUGUCCCUCUGGCAGUCAAAUACUUCUUUGACCUGUUGGAUGAGCAGGCAAUGCACUAUGGUAUUGCAGACCCUGAGACCAUCCACAUCUGGAAGACAAACAGUCUACCUCUGCGGUUCUGGAUUAACAUCAUCAAGAAUCCCCAGUUUGUUUUUGAUGUGCAGACAUCAGAUAAUGUAGAUGCUGUGCUCCUGGUCAUUGCACAGACCUUCAUGGACUCCUGUACAAUAGCUGACCACAAGUUGGGGAGGGACUCUCCAAUCAAUAAGCUGCUCUAUGCCCGGGACAUUCCUCGCUACAAGCAGAUGGUGGAAAGGUAUUACGCGGACAUUCGUCAGACCAUCUCUGCCAGUGACCAGGAGAUGAACUCUGCCCUGGCUGAGCUAUCACGGAAUUAUUCAGGUGACCUCAAUUCUCUGGUGGCUCUACAUGAAUUGUACAAAUACAUCAAUAAGUACUAUGACCAGAUCAUCACUGCCUUGGAAGAAGACCCAACGGCACAGAAGAUGCAGCUCGGAUAUAGACUCCAACAGAUUGCAGCAGCUGUGGAGAAUAAAGUCACUGAUUUGUGACAGGCACAGCCUGCUCUCCCCUGGCUGAACGGGGACAGUGCUCGUCCUAGCCACACACAGGGUGUCCUGCUGCCGUUGGAACCAGCCUCUCCAGGGAGCCCAGCUCUCCAGGGUGACGUGAGCAGGGAUGGCCGGGGCACUACAAACUCCAAGCGUCCUUGCAUCUCAGAGAAUAUUUUUUUACAGUCUGUUUUUUCUUCUGAAAAGCAAAACAAAACAAAAAGACCAAACUUUGGUUUUCCCCUGGCAGACUGUCAGGGAGGCCACACAGCUCCUUCCUACAGAUGUUACAUGAAUGUGCCAAGUCUCCAAAUAGGAUUGUGGAAGAGCCAGGUGACAACACCGAGCACCAUGCCUGUGGAGCCCUUGGCCCUGCACGGGUGGCCUUCCUAGCACUGAGAGCCUCCUGUGCUGCAGCCACUGUUCCCAGCACUGCAGCCGCUGCCCGUAGCAGGGCACAGGCAGCUUCCCCAGGCUGGCAGCAGUGCUGAGCACUGGCCCUGACUAGCGAGCACUCCUGCAGUGUCCCACCCGACACCCUUCCUUGCAGCAACGUCCCCACUGGUUUCAGAUGUUGGAUGGAGAGAGUGUACAGUGGCUGAGGUCUCUUGCUCCCUGGUAUUCUGCUCUCUGACAGCUCAUGCACAACACUGGUUUGGAUGUAACGUGCUCACCAGCACGGGCACUUGCUAUGGGGAGUACUCUGAAUGGACAGCACCCCCUCACCCUUUCCCUCAGGACAAAUUCAGCGUGAGAGCCACUGCCUGGCUCACCUCAGUGUCCUCUGACCUAUCUGGGACCUGGCUUCCUGGUUCCUUGUGGUCAGAGGUUGCCCUUUGGAAAAGCACAACAAAUGCCGUGCGCCGCUUCCCCUUUCUCCUGUGUCUGGCUGUUCUGCUGCUCUGAACUGGACUUGUAAAUAGCCUCAGAAAGUUAAUGUAUUUAAAUGCUCAAGGAGAAUGUUUAAUUUUGUGGCUUUGAGACAAGGCUCUUCUUGGAGAAGUAUCUCUGUGCACUUCUACUGACAAAGGUCUGUCAGCACUGGAGCAGUUUUCUCCACUGCUUUGUCUGCAGGGAUAACUCGUGGAUGUCUCCAUUGUAACAGCAGUUUGCAUUUCCCUGCAGCUCGGUUCAAGGUUUAGCUGUGUGCCCUUCUGUUAGGCUUGCCUUACACAUUACUCACAGUUUCACAUCCCAGACUCUCCUGUUGUGUUAUGUAGAAGGGUUAUUUGGUGAGCUGUGAACUGGAGGAAGCCAGGAAGCACAACUGUGUUGUUCCCAAGAAGCAUCAGGUGUCCUGCAAACGGAAUGAUUCACGUGAGGAAGGAGAGGCUGGAGCAGGCACAAGCACAGUUAGCUGCCAGCUGUCAGGGGGCAGCUCCUCCCUGCUCGCUCCUCACAUCCUGUGCCCUGUGAACAGAGCACUCUGCCCUUCUGGAAGCUAGUUCCUAAUUUAUAAGGGUGCCCUACUCGUUCUCAACCCCCUGCUGCUUAUUCCACACUGAUGUCCAUGUGCUUGGGGCAGGUAGACAGGUCUGCCUCCUCUGUCACUCCCCUGAGGUGGUGAUUGUGUGGGCUAGGAGGCCCCAGAGCCAAAAUCAGACAGGAUCAUGUCCCUACCUCUCUUUACAUGGCAUAUAACAGUAAUUUCGGGCCUAGCAGCCCCGUGGAUUUGUUUGACUGCUGCUCAGUUGCAAAACUGUUCUCUGAGCAAUGUAACAAUAAUCUAGCAGCGUCCCCUCUUCCUAUGAAGCCAGCUCUCUCCUGUCACCCUCUCUCAGCAGUUCCCAGGUACUCUGCAUGCCCAGAGUACAGCCACUGUCCCUGUGGCACCUGCUCCUGUCCUGCUGUACAGAGCAGCUGGUGAGCUGGGCAGCUGCCGCUAGGCAGAAAGGAGGCACAGAGAUUGCCUCUCCUCUGAGGUGGGCACCAUUUUUUAGGUCUCACUCCUGCCUGGCCACCCAUUUCCACAAAGCUUUUGGAAACUCAGCAUCUCUGAAACCUCUUGUCUUGAUCAAAACUGAUUAAAUCAGCCCCUAGAAAGCUGGGUGGAGGAAAGGACUGGCAAAUGGAGAAGAGCAGAUGCCACACACAUGAGUAAAGCCUGUGGGAGUUCCUGUGGGAACUGCGGGAGGCAAGUCCCUGGGAGGCAGGUGCAGGUUUAGUGGCAGCGAAGCUUUGCACACGUGUGUCAGCAGAUGGAUGUUCUGCCCCAGCAGCAAGGCACAGCCUUGCUGACCAUUUACCAGGAGCCAUUGGCUCUCUGCUGGACCUAUGGCUCUGCAGGUCCUUCAUGCCUGCUCCUAGUUGUGUGGAAUUAUCUCUGUGCUUUCACAGAACAGGGUGCUUAGGGCUUUAAUUCUGAAUCCACCUCAGUGGCAAAGGCAGGAGGAGUUGCUGGCUCUGCUGGAAUUGCAGUGACAGGAGCCCAGGAGGCUGCUGAGAGUGCAGCCUCUGCCCACGUGCCUGGCUUGGGCCUUGGGUCAGUGGGCUCCACCUUCUCUUUGCUUCUCUGUGGUGCUGCUGGGAAUGCUCUGCCUCCCCUGAGCAUGGCUGUGAAACGCUGCUUUUCCUAGAGCAAUAAUCGAGACUUAAAAACAGAACUAAACAUAGGUGAUCGACUUCUUUAACAUCUUGAGCUUGUCCUUGCGUAGCUGGAGAGGAGGCAGUUCCCUGCACAGGGGCUGUGAGGGUGGGCAGCUGGUAGUGCCCAUCGCUUCCCAUCCGUCUGCCCUCGGUGUUGGAGGUACUGGCACCCCCUCCCCUGCAGACAUGCACCAGAGGCCCCUCGCUGGGCUCAGCCCCAGUGUGUGCAUGGCCCCUCUUCUCUCCGUCCGUGCCCCUCUCCUGUGCCAGAUCCAUUGCUGCAGCAGGCUCCUGUUGCACUGAAAUUUGCACAAACCAGGUUGUAGUGUGAUGUUCCCUAUUGCAGGGAAGACUUAUUUAUUUAUUUCUCCUGAUCCUCCCAAGUUUCUUCCAGUCUCUGCCUGAUUCCACGACCAGCCUGUCAGACACUCUGGAGACAGACAUUCCUGCUCCAGAAGGACAGAGAACCCUCUCUGGACAUUCCCAUUUUCUUGCAGGUCACAAGUUGGGUGGCACCAGCCCGGGGUGCCCCACACUGCUCCCGUUGCCCCUGUGCGAGCACAGCCAGAGGCUGCUGCCGCUUUAACCCUGUUUUCAGACAAGUGAUGUUCUGGAGCAGCAGGCGCAGAGAGUUGCUCGGUACUGCGGUCAGAGAGAGGAACUUGCUUCCCCUGGGGUCUGGGUGACACACUGAGAACUGAUCAGUAUUAAGAUAAAUGUCUGUUAGUGUGUUUGAAUGUCUCUCCCACUGGCACCACUAUGAGGAGCUGGUACCCACACGCUGUAGCUGUGAGAGCCUUUGCUUUCAUCUGCCUGCUGGCAAAUUUAGGCUGUACCUGGAAGCCUUUGGGGUUGGUUUUUGUACAAAUAAUGGCCUUUGUGGGUUUUUUUUAGUGAAAACUGAGGGUUCUGGGCUACUGCUGCCUCAGUGGAAUGCCAGUUCUUUUUCAGGGUGUGCCCCAGCUGCAGCAAGAUGCUGCUUUUUUUUGGUGCCUUUCUUGUUGGGAUGAUUCUUUUGGUUUCCAGAACACCCAGUGUGUUUGCUCUGAUAGUCCUCCUCCCAGUCCUCAGUCCUGGUGACUCUGCCCUGUCCCAGCCCUGUGACUUGGUGUCUGUCUGUCUGUUACGGUCUGGCCCGACCCGCAUCUCUGCGCUGCCACACCCUGAGCUCUGCUCAGAGCCCCUGAGGUACUGUCUUUCUCAAAUUGGAAUUAAUAAUUAAUAUAAAAAGCUUGAAAAAAAAGUCAGAAUUUUGUUACAUAGUGUAAUAACUGUUUGUAGAUACUGUUCUGAGAUGUAGGAAUCUAUUGGUGAUAU